AUGCUGGGGCUCCCGGCGGAGAAGUGGCGCCAGCACUUGGAGAGCGAGGACCGCCGGCGGGUCCUGGCGGAGUUUCUGGAGAGCCCCAGCCCCGCCUGCCUGGUGUUCGGCGUCGCUGCCGCGGGGCGGCUCGCGGCCUCCCGGGAGAUUCCAAGAGAUGCAAAACAUAAACUCAUUUAUGUUGCCAAGAAGAUUACGGAAAGCACUGGAAUAAAUGAUUUCUUUCAAACGGUUUUAUUUGGAGAGAUACCGGCCUCAUCUCUGGGACAUGUAACUGCUUUCCUAGAGGAGCUUCAGGCUCCUACUGUCCUCAAAAUGGUGAAGAUCCUGAAAACGAAACGAAGCAGCUAUUUCCCAGCUCUGAAGGACAUUUUCACGGCUGUGAAAAAUGCUCUCCUCGAAGCCCAGGACGUGGCGCUCUACCUGAGACCGCUGCGGAGGCACAUUCAGCGUCUCCAGGAGACGGAGUUCCCACAGACCCGUGGUCUGAUUGCCCCGUUAUUUCAUACCAUCUGCCUGAUCUGGAGUCAUUCCGCGUUUUACAACACCCCUGCUCGGGUCAUAGUUUUGUUGCAAGAGUUUUGUAAUCUCUUCAUCGAUCAGGCGACAGCCUACCUUUCACCUGAAGACCUUUUGAAAGGAGAAGUUGAAGACUCCCUGGAAAAGGUGCAGGUGGCCAUUCACAUCUUAAAGACUUUCAAAAGUUCUUUUUACAACUACAGAGGAGGACUGGGAAACUAUUUCAUGGGAAACAAGGAGGUGAAGCCAUGGGAUUUCCAGUCUCAGCUGGUGUUUUGUAGAUUUGACAAAUUUCUGGACCGUUGCAUGAAAAUAGAGGAUAUAUUUGUCACCAUAUUGGAAUUUGAAAAGCUGGAGAGACUUGAAUUUGGUGGUACCAAGGGAGCCAUUCUGAAUGGACAAAUCCAUGAGAUGAGUGAAGAAUUUAUGGAACUCUGUAAAAUUUUUAAACAGAGCACUUAUGACCCAUCCGAUUUCAAUAACACGGAAUUUGAAAGUGAUUAUGUUGUGUUUAAAUCCAAAACUUUGGAUUUUGACAGAAGGCUUGGGACAAUUCUUUGCGAAGGUUUCUUUAACUGCAAUGGUUUGGAGGCCGCAUUUAAGCUUUUGACCAUAUUUGGGAAUUUUCUAGAGAAACCAGUUGUCAUGGAAAUUUUCAGCCCACAUUACAGCUCACUGGUGCACAUGUUUAAUGCCGAGUUGGAUAUGUGUAAGCAACUGUAUAAUGAACAUGUGAAACAGAUUGAAUGUGGAAAUGUGGUUCUUCACAAGAACAUGCCAUUUACCUCAGGAAACAUCAAGUGGGCUAAAGAGGUCCUGGACCGACUCCAGGCGUUUUGGUCAAACUUCGCAUCUCUCCACUAUCUAUUCUUAGAAAGUCCUGAUGAUGCCUCAGUUCACCAGAAGUAUGUUGAAAUGACAGCUCUGCUAGACCAAUUUGAAAAUCGUAUCUAUAAUGAAUGGAAAAAUAACGUGGAUGAAAUCUGUGAAUUCAAUUUGAAUCAACCCUUGAUUAAAUUCAGUGCCAUAAAUGGUCUUCUCAGCGUCAACUUUGACCCAAAGCUGGUGGCAGUCUUGAGGGAAGUGAAAUACCUCUUGAUGCUGAGGAAGUCAGACAUUCCAGAUUCAGCCUUAGCCAUCUUCGAAAAAAGAAACACUAUUUUAAAGUACAUUGGCAACCUUGAGCUUCUGGUGCAAGCGUAUAACAAGCUGAAGCAGACUCUCCUGGAAGUCGAAUACCCUCUGAUCGAAGACGAGCUGAGGGCUGUGGACGAGCAGCUGCAAGCAGCCGCGGCAUCGCUGACGUGGCAGGAUGACUGCUGGGGGUACAUCGCGAGGGUGACAGAGGCCACCGCCGAGCUGGAGCGCAGAGUCGAGCGCACGCAGAGCAACGUGAGAGCCAUCCAGCAAACCAUGAGGGCGUGGGCCGAGUGCACGCUGCUCCCCAGGAGAGAGCACCGGAGGGAGGCCGCCCUCAUGUUGGAGGACAAGGGGGAUUUGUUCUCCAGGAAGUACAGGCUCAUCCAGGAGGACGGCUGCAGGAUACACAGCUUGGUGGAGGAAAAUAGGAAGCUCUUCAAGGCCAAUCCUUCUCUGGACACCUGGAAGAUUUAUGUGGAAUUCAUUGAUGACAUCGUGGUGGAAGGCUUUUUUCAAGCUAUAAUGCAUGACUUGGACUUCUUUCUGAUGAAUACGGAGAAGCAGUUGAAACCUGCACCAUUUUUUCAAGCACAAAUGAUCUUAAUGCCCCCAGAGAUUCUGUUUAAACCUUCUUUAGAAAGAGAGGCUGGGGAUGGCUUCUAUGACCUGGUGGAAGAAAUGCUGUGUAAUAGUUUCAGGAUGUCUGCCCAGAUGAAGCGAGUAGCAGCACACCUGGAAAUAGCAAAUUACCAGAAUGACAUGGAUAACAUGUUAGGCCUGGCGGAGGUCAGGCAGGAGAUAAUGAACCGAGUGGCAGGCGUCAUCAGCAAAGUCUUGGACUUCAGAAAUUCCCUGGACACGUACGCCUACCUCUGGGUGGAUGACCGGGCUGAGUUUAUGAAGCAAUUUCUCCUGUAUGGCCAGACUGUGUCAGCCGAGGAAUUGGAUGCUCAUGCAAAUGAAGAGAUCCCUGAACAACCACCAACCCUGGAACAAUUCAGGGAACAGAUCGACGUGUAUGAGGCUCUGUAUGUUCAGAUGAGCAAGUUUGAUGACUUCCGAGUGUUUGAUAGUUGGUUCAAGGUGGACAUGAAGCCUUUCAAAGUGAGCUUGCUGAACAUCAUUAAGAAAUGGAGCUGGAUGUUUCAGGAGCAUCUUUUGAGAUUUGUCAUUGACAGUCUGAAUGAGCUACAAGAAUUUAUAAAGGAGACAGAUGGCGGGCUCCAGAGAGAAUUAAGUGAAGGCGAUCACGAUGGCCUCAUUGACAUCAUGGGGCACCUUCUGGCUGUGAGAAGCCGACAGAGAGCGACUGAUGAACUCUUUGAGCCGCUGAAAGAAACCAUCACGCUCUUGGAAACCUAUGGCCAGAAGAUGCCUGAGCAAGUCUACAUUCAGCUCGAGGAAUUACCAGAAAGAUGGGAAACCACCAAAAAGAUUGCAGCAACGGUCCGACACGAAGUUUCACCUCUCCAGAAUGCGGAAGUCACACUUAUAAGGAAAAAAUGUAUUUUGUUUGAUGGGAAGCAGGCCGAGUUCAGAGAGAGAUUCAAACUCUACGCUCCUUUCGGUUUUCAUGCAGAAAAUCCAUACACAGUGCUUGAUAAGGCAAACCAAGAGCUUGAGGCAUUAGAAGAAGAAAUGUUACAGAUGCAAGAAUCGACGCGUCUUUUUGAAGUGGUUCUCCCAGAGUACAAGCCCAUGAAGCAGUGUCGCAGGGAAAUAAAACUGCUCAAGGGACUCUGGGAUGUCAUUGCGUACGUGAAAAGAAGCAUUGAUAAUUGGACCAAAACCCAGUGGAGGCAGAUUAAUGUGGAACAGAUGGAUGUAGAGCUCAGAAGGUUUGCCAAGGCAAGUUCCAUAACUGUCGGGUAUGACGAUUUAUCUUCCUCUGCACCACCUCCUUCCAUCUUCCCUGACCGGGAAAUCUGGUCACUAGACAAGGAAGUCCGAAUCUGGGAUGCAUACACCGGCCUGGAAGGCAUGGUGAAGGACAUGGCAACCUCCCUGAGAGCCGUCACGGAGUUACAGAGCCCCGCCCUCCGAGACAGGCACUGGCACCAGCUCAUGAAGGCCAUUGGGGUCACGUUUUCAAUAAGCGAAGCCACAACUCUGGCAGACUUGUUAGCCCUGCGGUUACACCAAGUGGAAGACGCUGUCCGGAGCAUCGUGGACAAAGCAGUGAAAGAACUGGGGACGGAGAAGUCUAGUUAUAACAGAAAUCAGUCUGACCUGGGCGACCAUGAAUUCUCUUACGAAGUUCAUUACCGGACAGGCAUUCCAUUACUAAAGUCUGAUGAACAACUUUUUGAAACUCUAGAGCACAACCAAGUUCAGUUGCAGACUCUGCUUCAAAGCAAGUAUGUGGAGUACUUCAUUGAGCAAGUCUUAAGCUGGCAAAAUAAACUGAACACAGCAGACUCCGUCAUCUUUAUGUGGAUGGCGGUCCAACGGACUUGGUCUCACCUGGAAAGCAUCUUCGCGUGCUCAGAAGAUAUUCGAAUCCAGCUUGUGGAAGAUGCUAGAAGGUUCGAUGGAGUAGACGCCGAGUUUAAGGAGUUAAUGUUCAAGACAGCUAAAAUAAAAAAUGUUUUAGAAGCAACAUGCAGACCUAAUCUCUUUGAAAAACUCAAAGAUUUACAGUACAGGCUUUCUCUUUGUGAAAAAGCUCUCGCUGAGUACCUGGAAACCAAGCGCAUGGCUUUUCCACGCUUCUAUUUCAUCUCUUCCGCAGACUUACUCGACAUUCUUUCAAAGGGAGCUCAGCCUAAACAGGUGACACGUCACCUGGCCAAACUCUUCGACAGCAUCGCAGACCUGCAGUUUGCAGACGACUCGGAUGUUUGUGCCCACAGAGCCAUUGGCAUGUUCAGCAAAGAAAAGGAAUAUGUCCCAUUCCAAGCCUUGUGUGAAUGCAGAGGCCACGUGGAAACGUGGCUUCUGCAGCUUGAACAGACUAUGCAGGACACAGUGCGACAUUCUAUCACCGAGGCCAUCGCGGCCUAUGAGGAGAAACCGAGGGAACUGUGGCUUUUCGAUUUCCCGGCUCAAGUCGCGCUAACCGGCUCACAGAUCUGGUGGACCACGGAUGUGGGAAUAGCCUUCAGCAGGCUGGAGGAAGGCUAUGAGACGGCCCUGAAGGAUUUCCACAAAAAACAGAUUUCUCAGUUGAAUGCACUGAUUGCACUUCUGCUGGGAGAGCUGCUCCCUGGAGACAGGCAGAAGGUCAUGACGAUUUGCACCAUAGACGUUCACGCCAGGGAUGUGGUGGCAAAGCUCAUUUCUCAGAAGGUGGUCAGUCCCCAAGCUUUUGCUUGGCUGUCUCAACUUCGUCACCAGUGGGAGGACUCCCGGAAACACUGUUUUGUUCAUAUCUGUGAUGCCCAGUUCCAAUACUUCUAUGAAUAUUUAGGAAACAGCCCUCGACUAGUGAUCACUCCUCUAACCGACAGGUGUUACAUUACUCUAACUCAGUCACUUCGCCUAACCAUGAGUGGGGCUCCCGCUGGCCCCGCGGGUACAGGGAAAACCGAAACCACCAAAGACCUUGGACGUGCCCUUGGCAUGAUGGUUUAUGUGUUCAACUGCUCAGAGCAAAUGGACUACAAAUCCAUAGGAAAUAUCUACAAGGGAUUGGUGCAGACGGGAGCUUGGGGCUGCUUCGAUGAGUUCAACCGGAUUUCUGUGGAAGUUCUGUCCGUGGUGGCCGUACAAGUGAAAAUGAUACACGAUGCCAUCAGAAACAGGAGGAAGAGAUUUGUAUUUCUCGGGGAAGCUAUCACACUGAAGCCAUCAGUUGGAAUAUUUAUUACCAUGAACCCGGGAUAUGCUGGUCGAGCCGAAUUGCCGGAAAAUCUCAAAGCUCUUUUCAGACCCUGUGCCAUGGUGGCCCCCGACAUUGAACUGAUCUGUGAAAUCAUGUUAGUCGCUGAAGGUUUCGUGGAUGCACGCGCGUUAGCCCGCAAGUUCAUCACGUUGUACACGCUCUGCAGGGAGCUCCUCUCCAAGCAGGAUCAUUAUGAUUGGGGACUUCGUGCUGUUAAAUCUGUCUUGGUUGUCGCUGGCUCCCUGAAACGAGGAGAUAAAAAUAGACCCGAAGAUCAGGUCCUCAUGAGAGCAUUAAGGGACUUCAAUAUGCCUAAAAUAGUGACCGACGACAUCCCCGUGUUUCUGGGCCUGGUUGGCGACCUGUUUCCAGCCCUGGACGUGCCCCGGAGGAGGGCGCCGCACUUGGAGCAGAUGGUCAGGCAGUCCACCCUGGAGCUCCACCUGCAGCCCGAGGAGAGCUUCAUCCUCAAAGUGGUCCAGCUGGAGGAGCUGUUGGCCGUGCGGCACUCCGUCUUCGUGGUUGGAAAUGCAGGCACGGGGAAGAGUCAGAUUUUGAGAACACUGUACCGAACAUAUGUUAACAUGAAACAGAAACCCAUUUGGAAUGACUUAAACCCUAAAGCUGUGACAACAGAUGAACUCUUUGGUUUCAUACAUCACACUACCCGUGAAUGGAAAGAUGGUCUCUUCUCAUCUAUUCUGCGAGAACAAGCAAAUCUUACACAGGAUGGACCAAAAUGGAUAGUCCUGGACGGAGAUAUUGAUCCCAUGUGGAUUGAAUCACUAAAUACUGUCAUGGAUGAUAACAAGGUGCUGACCUUGGCCAGCAAUGAGCGCGUAGCCCUUGCGCCCUCCAUGAGGCUGCUCUUUGAGAUCCAUCACUUACGGACAGCAACCCCGGCCACUGUUUCCAGAGCUGGUGUUCUGUAUGUGAACCCACAAGAUUUGGGCUGGAAUCCGUACGUGGCCAGCUGGAUCGACAGAAGGCAGCAUCAAUCAGAAAAGGCCAACUUAACGAUUCUUUUUGAUAAGUACGUGCCUGCGUGCCUGGAUAAGCUGAGGACGAGCUUCAGAACCAUCACCUCCGUUCCCGAGAGCAGCCUGGUGCAGACGAUUUGUGCUCUUCUGGAAUGUUUGUUGACUCCGGAAAACGUACCUUCCGACAGCCCCAAAGACGUGUACGAAGUCUAUUUUGUCUUCGCUUGUGUCUGGGCCUUCGGAGGUGCCCUGCUGCAAGACCAGCUUUCUGGUCAUCAAGCUGAAUUCAGUCGGUGGUGGCACAAAGAGAUGAAAGCAGUGAAGUUUCCAUCUCAGGGAACAAUCUUCGAUUAUUACCUGGACCACAAUACUAAGAAAUUUUUGCCUUGGACGGACAAAAUCCCCACAUUUACUAUGGAUCCAGAUGUCCCUCUGCAGAGAGUUCUGGUUCACACACCAGAGACAACUCGUCUCAGAUAUUUCACGGAGUUAUUGCUUGAGAAAGGACAACCGCUAAUGCUGGUAGGAUAUGCCGGCGUGGGAAAAACGGUCUUCGUUGGGGACACGCUGGCGAGUCUCUCUGAGGAUUACGUGGUGUCCCGCGUGCCUUUCAACUACCACACAACGUCUGCAGCUCUACAGAGAAUUCUUGAGAAACCUCUAGAGAAAAAAGCCGGUCGCAACUAUGGCCCAGGAGGAAAUAAAAAAUUGGUUUACUUUAUCGACGACAUGAAUAUGCCCGAAGUGGACUCGUAUGGCACCGUUCAGCCCCACACUCUCAUUCGACAGCACAUUGAUUACGGGCACUGGUAUGAUAGACAGAAGGUGCUACUUAAAGAAAUCCACAACUGUCAGUACGUGGCCUGCAUGAACCCGAUGGUGGGCAGUUUCACCAUCAAUCCCAGACUCCAGAGACAUUUCACAGUGUUUGCAUUCAACUUUCCAUCCCUGGAUGCUCUGAACACCAUCUACAGCCACAUCCUUAGUUUCCAUUUCCAGCAGCAAGCGUUCAGUCCAUCAGUUCUCAGGAGCGGCCCCACACUGAUACAGGCAGCAAUCGCGGUCCAUGCGAUGAUGGCACGUCACUUCGUACCCACGGCUGUUAGAUUCCACUACCUCUUUAACCUGAGAGACCUGUCCAGCAUCUUUCAGGGGAUUUUAUUUGCAUCUCCUGAAUGUCUAAAGGGUUCAAACGAUUUAAUACGCCUGUGGCUUCAUGAAUCUUCUCGUGUUUAUGGAGACAAACUGAUAGACACAAAGGAUUGUGAUUUGUUUCAGAAAAAAUUGCUGGAAACCGCCUGUAAAUAUUUUGAAGGUGUAGACAUCCAUGUCCUGCUUCAGCAGCCCCUCAUCUACUGCCACUUCGCCAGUGGUGGGGGAGACCCAUGCUACCUGCCAGUGAAGGACUGGGAGGGGCUGAAGGCGCUUCUCACAGAGUCGCUGGACAACUACAAUGAACUGAAUGCUGCCAUGCACCUCGUCUUAUUUGAAGAUGCCAUGCACCACGUGUGUCGCAUCAGCCGAAUCCUCCGGGCGCCUCAGGGCUAUGCCCUCCUGAUCGGAGUGGGCGGCAGCGGCAAGCAGAGCCUGUCCCGGCUGGCGGCCCACAUGUGCAGCCUGGAGGUCUUCCAGGUCACCCUGACCCAAGGCUUCGGGGUCCAAGAACUCCGGGUAGAUCUAGCCAAUUUGUUCAUCCGAACCGGAGCCAAGAACAUGCCCACUGUGUUCCUGCUGACAGAUGCCCAGGUUCUAGAUGAGAGCUUCCUCGUGCUGAUUAAUGACUUGCUGGCAUCAGGAGACAUCCCCGAUCUCUUCAGCGAUGAAGAUGUGGACAAGAUUAUUGCUGGAAUCCGCAGUGAAGUUCGUGGUCUGGGCAUGGUGGACUCCAGAGAAAACUGUUGGCAGUUCUUUUUGGCCAGGGUGCGGCUACAGCUCAAACUCCUGGACAAAGAUGCUAUUAGCUUGUUCAUGGCACAUGUUCACACCAGCGUCAAUGAAAUGAGUACCAGGUAUUACCAAAAUGAGAGAAGAUACAACUAUACCACCCCAAAGAGUUUUCUAGAACAAAUAUCCCUGUUUAAGAACCUGUUGAAGAAGAAACAAAAAGAGGUAUCCCAAAGGAAAGAGCACUUGGUGAAUGGCAUUCAGAAGCUGAAAACCACAGCCUCUCAGGUGGGAGAUCUCAAAGCCAGACUUGCCUCUCAGGAAGCCGAGUUGCAACUGAGAAAUCAGGAUACUGAAGCUCUGAUCGCCAAGAUCGGGCUUCAGACAGAGAAAGUGAGCCGGGAAAAGGCCAUCGCCGAUGCCGAGGAGCAAAAGGUGACCGCCAUUCAGACCGAAGUGUCCCAGAAACAGAAAGAGUGUGAGGCCGACUUGCUCAAGGCUGAGCCUGCUCUGGUGGCUGCAACAGCUGCACUCAACACACUCAACAGGGUCAAUCUCACCGAGCUGAAAGCCUUUCCCAACCCUCCGAACGCGGUCACCAACGUGGCUGCGGCUGUGAUGGUCCUCCUGGCUCCCCGGGGCAGGGUGCCAAAAGACCGGAGUUGGAAAGCCGCGAAAGUCUUCAUGGGAAAGGUUGAUGAUUUCUUGCAAGCGUUAAUUAACUACGACAAAGAGCACAUUCCAGAGAACUGUCUAAAAGUGGUGAAUGAACAGUAUUUGAAAGACCCGGAGUUCAAUCCCAGCCUGAUUCGGACCAAAUCUUUCGCAGCAGCGGGCCUCUGUGCCUGGGUCAUCAACAUCGUCAAGUUCUAUGAGGUCUACUGUGACGUGGAGCCCAAACGCCAAGCAUUGGCCCAAGCGAACUUAGAAUUGGCUGCAGCUACUGAAAAGCUAGACGCGCUCAGGAAAAAGCUUGUGGAUCUGGAUCGAAAUCUGAGCCGACUCACAGCUUCGUUUGAAAAGGCAAUAGCUGAGAAGGUUCGGUGCCAGGAAGAGGUGAACCAGACAAACAAAACCAUUGAACUGGCCAACAAACUUGUCAAGGAACUGGAGUCAGAGAAGAUUCGCUGGGGUCAGUCUAUACAAUCCUUUGAAGCUCAAGAGAAGACACUCUGUGGCGAUGUUCUCCUGAUGGCAGCCUUUGUGUCUUACGUCGGAUCCUUCACGAAGCAGUAUCGCCAGGAGCUGGUGGACUGCAAGUGGGUUCCCUUUCUUCAGCGAAAGGUUUCCAUUCCAAUAACUGAAGGCCGGGAUUUGAUUGCCAUGUUGACGGACGAUGCUACCAUUGCCGCCUGGAAUAACGAAGGCCUGCCCAGUGACAGAAUGUCAACCGAAAACGCCACAAUCCUAACACACUGUGAGCGCUGGCCCCUGCUGAUAGAUCCCCAGCAACAGGGAAUUAAGUGGAUCAAGAAUAAGUAUGGGACGGACCUGAAAGUCACACAUUUGGGCCAGAAAGGGUUUUUGAAUGCCAUUGAAACGGCUCUGGCCUUUGGAGAUGUCAUCCUAAUUGAAAACCUCGAGGAAACGGUAGAUCCGGUCCUUGACCCACUGCUCGGCAGGAACACGAUUAGAAAAGGAAAAGCCAUGGGGCAGGCUGACAGGGUGGGGGACACGCAGGGGCGCGUCUCGGUCCUCAUGGAGAGCAUCACCCACGCCAUCUUCCUCCACACCAGCCGGGCGCUGUUUGAGAAGGACAAGCUCACCUUCCUGUCCCAGAUGGCUUUCCAGAUUUUGUUGAGAAAGGAAGAGAUAGACCCUGGUGAAUUGGAUUUCCUGCUUCGAUUCACAGUUGAACACACUUACCUGAGUCCUGUCGACUUUCUAACUACUCAAUCAUGGAGUGCCAUUAAGGCAGUAGCCCUUAUGGAAGAAUUUCGAGGCAUAGACAGAGACGUGGAAGGAUCUGCCAAGCAGUGGAGGAAGUGGGUAGAAUCCGAGUGUCCGGAAAAAGAAAAGUUACCGCAAGAAUGGAAGAAGAAAAGUUUAAUACAGAAGCUGAUUAUCUUGAGAGCAAUGCGCCCUGACAGGAUGACCUAUGCGCUCAG